AUACCUGACCGAGACAAGCGGCAGAAAGGCUCGUACACCGAGAGAGGACGGUGGACUCCAUUGCUGUCCCGAGUGUGUUUCUCGUCGGCCGUGUCGUAUUGCGUGUCUAUCCGCGCUUUCGUGCACACGAGUUUUCUUUUUCCACGUUGCCCGGUAAUUGUGAACAGUAUCCUUUGUGUCUAGUGUUCAAGCGAUACUUGAAAUCGUCGAGCGUACCGAGACGUAAAACGGGCCAAAAUGGCUGAUCAACUUACCGAAGAACAAAUUGCAGAAUUUAAAGAAGCGUUCUCGCUAUUUGACAAAGAUGGAGAUGGUACAAUUACAACCAAAGAGUUGGGUACAGUUAUGCGAUCGCUAGGUCAAAACCCUACAGAAGCAGAACUUCAAGAUAUGAUCAACGAAGUGGAUGCAGACGGUAAUGGCACAAUCGAUUUCCCGGAGUUCUUAACCAUGAUGGCUCGCAAAAUGAAGGACACCGACAGCGAGGAGGAAAUUAGGGAGGCCUUCAGAGUAUUUGAUAAGGAUGGAAAUGGUUUCAUAUCUGCAGCGGAACUCAGACAUGUUAUGACAAAUCUUGGCGAAAAACUUACUGACGAGGAAGUAGAUGAAAUGAUUCGGGAGGCUGACAUUGAUGGUGACGGCCAAGUUAAUUAUGAAGAAUUCGUCACAAUGAUGACAUCAAAGUGAAUGCAACCUGUGUAAUGGAAAAACUUGCAACUCGGAGUGGUGUUGACGUAUUAAAAUAAAUCAAGAAACAAAGAAAAAAUAAUGUUAACAAAAAGCGAAUCGACCAGAAAGUGAAAAAAACCUUAUAUCUGGACGCAAUGAUGUCUGUAAAACGCGAAAAGUCAACGUCCAACACGCGUUAAUCAUCAUUAACGAUAAGUAAUACAGGGCAAUUGUUUAAUUAAAAAGUUAUACCACUAAAAUCAUUAUCUUUAAAUACACGAAAUACUGAACUACACACAACAUGAACAUGAAAGGUACAUACAUAUUACACGCGCACAUACACAAAUACAACAAAUAUACAGCACACUCACAACAUACACGUAUAUACACAAAAGAUGAUUUAUUUCCGUAUAAAAGAGUAUAAUUAAAAUCGUUAGAUAUAUAUAUGUAUAAAAACAGACGUGCGCAUGUUUGUUGAUGAUAAAGGUAAAAUAGUAUGUUCUCUUACUUUCCUCUCUUUUUGGCCUUUUCCUGUUUCUUCUAUGCACGUGUAUGCGAAAAUUCUUUCGUACAAGUUUUCUUUAACCGAUUCUACUGCUUUCCAAUGUACUAAGAACUCGCUCGGUAGGGCAAGGAGAAAGGAAAAGUGUUGAAAGAAGGGAAAGAUCUACAAGCUAUUAUAAUGCGUCGUGUAAAUUCGUUUAACGAUCGAGAUAAAUUGAGAUUUGUUUUAUUUGUUUCUCGAUCGAUGAAACCUAUUUACAACGAAUGUCAUCGAUACAGCAUACGUCGUAGCAAAAUUUUAUCAAUAACGGCAUAUUUAGUGUUUUAUGAAUUAAAAAAAAAAAAACAAAAAAGAAAAAAAAAUACAACGGCUUCGACCUUUGGCUUAUUAAUGGAUCCGAAACACGCUGGAUUCCUUGUGUGCGUCCUAGUGGAUAAUUUAAUUCUUCUAAUAACCGAAAAAUAUUAUCAAACAAAAGGUGUACGAGGAUAAAGACAAAAAAAAAAAAUGAAAAAUAUGGAGAAAUCUUGAAAUGCUCGAAAUCACAUAGCGCUAACUCAGACCUACGUUCGCGUAGAGUCAAAAGGAUUUUACGAAUCGAGUCGUAUUGAAGUCUCGACAUUCCUAGUAAAAAAAAACUUCUUUCUCUAUGCUUUUUCAACUUCGUUAUGCCUUCAAUCUAUCUAUAUAUAUAUAUAUAUAUAUACAUAUAUGUAUGUAUGUAUGUAUAUAUACUGUGUGCGUGUAUAUAUAUGUAUGUAUGUAUGUAUAUGUAUAUACACAACACGCAUUAUACACAAAACACAUAAAAACACGUUUCACCAAGUGCGUUCUGUAUCCAAUUUCAUUCUAAUCUCCCGUUUGUAUCUUGUCUCCACUGAGAAAGCCUUAAACUCGCGCGCGUUACACAACGUCGACACCACUUUUGUUGAAAUAUAAAAGAAACAACGGAGAAUUAGGGAUGAGGGAUUUAAAGGGAAGUCAAGUCACAGUGAUCGCUGCAUUAUAUUUUCCUUCGCCCAGGGGUGCGUGCCAGUCUCAUAAGCGGAGCAACUAGAACCGGAGAAACUGGUGUGAUUUGUGCGAUUCGUACGAUAAUGUUACUUAAGAACUAAGAGUAAAAAAACAGACACCGAACAGUGGGAACACAUGCGUGUGUCGUCGGUGGUUCAGUCAUAAUAUAUAUGUAUUAUAUAUUAUAUAUACAUAUACAGAUAUAUAUAUAUAUAUACAUAUACAUAAAUAUAUAUAUAUUUAUAUAUAUUAUAUAUAUAUAUAUAUAUAAAACUAAUUUACGAGAAGAAAAGAAGAAAGAAACAAUUCCUCCACAGUCCUUUAUUAUUUAAUAUUGAAGUGAACAAAAUGAGAAGUACUUGUAUUUCUGGUGACCUAGAUCGCAUUGAUCAUAAAAAGACAAAAUAAAUGUAUCUUCAUUUUUAGGUCACAACUACUCAAUUCGUUUCCUUCAUUAACCAAUGGACCUCUCGUUUCAGCCGUUUUUAUCUCAUCGUCAUUUUUCGAUGGCAUCUAGAAAUAGUUUGCCGACAGAUGUAUAUGUAUAAUUCACUGUCAACAAGAUUCGUGUUAACAUAUCUUCAAAGUUUCACUAAUUCAGAAGACCUUUCAUAAAAAAAAUUGAGGUGAUCGAAUCACGAAAAAAAGAGUUCUUAACUAUUUUACUUCACUUGCGAUCGUUCUGAUAGCUGUUAUCGUUAUUGUGAACAAAAAAAAAGUUUAAAAUUAGCGAUUCACAGCGAAAAAUGUUCUCACUUUGUAAAAAAAAAAAGUAAAGAAGAAUCGCGAUGAAGUCCUUUUGUAAAUGGUGAUAUAGAAUUUAUUCGAAAAACAUCCCUAUUUAAAUGCUUAACAAGUUGCUGCUCGUUUCAUCGAUCAUUGACAGUUAGUGUCUAAGUUUUAAGUUAUAAAGAAUAUAUUCCAGUAUUUAAUAUUAAUUUUAUAUUCGUGUCGCCAAUUAUAUAUACUCUAAACUAAUUUUUCCGUAUUUAAGAAAAAGAAUGAUUUAAGAGUUUCCCGCGACGAGCGUCGAGAGCCGAUACUAAGUUAAAAAAGACAAAAAAAAACAA